AUGGCUGAACAACCUGCUACUUUACUCAAAGUCUCUGUGCUACACUUUCGAGACGAGUCAAAGGACGAAGAGACUUGGACCAAGUGGUAUAUCGAGGAACAAAUUCCCCGCUUCAUCACCGUCGCCCACAAGCACGGAAUCGACCGCUGCGAAGUGUAUUUCACCCCCUCAACCUUCAAAGCCAUGUUCCAAGCCGACCUCGACCAGCUCAAAGGCGGCUGUGCCGAGGGUUGGACCAUGGCGCCCUACGACGCGGUAGUCAACUACUAUGUCUCCGACCCGCAGAAGGUUCGCGAUAUGCUGAGUGAUCCGGAUUGGAACGAUAAGGUUGUGGCGUUUGAGGAGGGCUGGAAUGAUCAGAAGAGGGUGGAUGUGCAGAUUGGGACGCAGACGGCGUAUAUUGAGGGUGGGGAGAUUGUUAAUACUAGGGUUAAGGAGUAUGGUUCUUAG